CAUGACGGUUGCCAGACAGAGUCGAUUCUCUGCACCUUUGCCGUUUUAAAUAAACCGCCCAUAUCUCUAAGAAGAGCGUUUGCAGGAUUGCCUGCAGUGGCCUCAAGCGCUGGAUUUAAGAGAUUGAAAAAAAUUUGGAUUUGUGCGUGGAAGUUGUGUCACCGCAGCCCCGGGCUUAGGUGAGCGCUGCAGCUGGAAGGUUACUGGGGAACCAAGGCACUAGGCUGAUCGACGCGACGGGAACACAGUGCAAGCAGCGAUGGGGCUCCCGACGCUCGAAUUCACCGACUGCUCGCUGGACAGCCCGGACUUCAGGGAUCGGCUCAAAGCACACGAGAUUGAGCUGGAGCGCACCAACAAGUUCAUCAAGGAGCUCAUUAAAGACGGCAUCAUGCUGAUUAACGCGCUGAAAAACUUGUCCGCAGCAGUUCAGAGGUUUUCACAGUCACUACAGGAUUUCCAGUUUGAGUGCAUUGGUGAUGCAGAGACUGACGAUGAAAUAAAUAUCGCUCAGUCUUUUAAAGAAUUUGCACAACUCCUUCAUACUGUUGAAGAGGAACGAAGAAGAUUGAUUCAAAAUGCGAAUGAUGUUUUAAUUGCACCACUGGAGAAGUUUCGUAAAGAUCAAAUAGGGGCAGCAAAAGAAGGGAAGAAGAAGUUUGAUAAGGAAAGUGAGAAAUACUACUCUAUAUUGGAGAAGCAUUUGAAUUUAUCAUCAAGGAAAAAAGAAGCACAUUUACAAGAGGCUGAUGCACAAAUUAUCAAGGAACGACAGAAUUUUUAUGAAGCAUCGCUGGAAUAUGUGUUCAAGGUUCAAGAAGUACAGGAGAAAAAGAAGUUUGAAUUUGUUGAACCUCUGUUGGCAUUCCUUCAAGGAUUAUUCACGUUCUACCACGAAGGCUAUGAGCUUGCACAGGAAUUUGCACCAUACAAACAGCAGCUGCAGUACAACUUGCAAAAUACGAGAAAUAAUUUUGAAAGUACCAGGCAGGAAGUGGAAAGACUGAUGCAGAGGAUGAAGUCAGCCCCUCAGGAUUACAAACCACCCGGACAGUGGACAAUGGAGGGUUAUCUCUAUGUACAAGAGAAGCGCCCCCUUGGGUUUGCCUGGAUAAAACACUACUGUACAUAUGACAAAGCAACAAAAGCAUUCUCAAUGACCUUAUGUGAACCAAAGUCAGGAGGAAAAUUGAAUGGACUUGUCACAGCUUCAGAAAUUUUCAAACUGAAGUUUUGCAUUCGACGGAAGACUGACUCAAUUGACAAGCGUUUCUGUUUUGAUAUUGAAGUUGUAGAACGACAUGGCAUCGUUACACUGCAGGCUCAAUCAGAAGCAAAUAGGAAACUUUGGUUGGAAGCAAUGGAUGGAAAGGAGCCGAUAUACACUCUACCUCUUCUUAACAAGAAGGAAGAAUGGACUGUCAGCAAAGUACUGUUAGUGUACCUAAAUGAGGCAGGUUUUAAUUUUGUAAAGAAGUGCAUUGAAGCUGUGGAGAUGAGAGGUAUUAAUGCCAUGGGAUUGUACAGAAUGAGUGGAGUAAACUCCAAAGUACAGAAGCUAAUGAACGCAGUAUUCGCUCCGAAAGCACCUCCUGAUAUGGAUCUUGACACUGAAUUGUGGGACAUGAAAACAAUUACAAGUGGACUUAAAAACUACCUCAGGUGUCUUGUAGAGCCAUUGAUGACUUACAAGUUGCAUAAAGAUUUAAUUGCUGCUGUCAAGUCAGAUGAUCAGAAUUACAGAGUGCGUGCUGUUCAUGCAUUAGUUUAUAAACUGCCGGAUAAGAACAAAGAGAUGCUUGAACUUCUGCUGAAACAUUUGGUGAAAGUGUCCACUCACAGUGAAAAAAACCUGAUGACUGUUUCUAACUUGGGUGUUAUAUUUGGACCAACACUAAUGAGAUCCCAAGAAGAAACUGUUGCUGCGAUGAUGAACAUUAAAUUUCAGAAUAUUGUGGUUGAGAUUCUUAUUGAAAAUUAUGAGAAGAUAUUCAACACACCACCAGAUCCAAAUGUUCCUCUUCCUCAACCUGAGCAGAGAUCUGGAUCCAGGCGAAGCAAGGCAACUUGUCUGUCCACGGGCCCUAGAAGACCCAGAGGCAUAUAUACCCCCACCCUCUGCCUGGCAGAUGCAGACAGUGACACCUUCAGCAGCAGUCCGGACAGUACACCAAUGGGAAGCAUAGAGUCUCUCUCCUCUCAUUCAUCUGAACUGAACAACUCCUCAAAAACCAGCUCCUCUCAACACCACGUGCAAAGAGAGAAAGGAGAUAAUGGAAUACCUUGGGUGCAAUCACCUGCCUCAUUACCUGGUCUGAAGAGUGCACUUGUUUGGACAACUAGCCCAGAAUCAAGCUCGAGUGAAGACACCGUUAAAACGGAUGGCCUGUCAGAUUCUCAAACUCUCUUGUCUGUUACUAAUGCAGUAAACAAACCUCAGCCAUUAAGUCUGUGCAGUGAAGGACCCCACAAACAUACUGCGCUUAAACGAUCAGUAACGACUUCCCUAACUUCACUCCCUACAACUGAUGGUACUAAUACAAGAACUUUUAGCAGUUCAGUUCAGAAUCUGUCUUCAAUGGAUUUAAAAGAUACACUUAAAACAGGAUCGAACCCAGCACUUCCUCCAAAGAUAGCUGUCAGAAGAAGAUUGGAUUCAACAGCAAGCAAUGGCUAUCAGAAACCAGGAUCUGUGGUUGCAUCCAGAACCCAGUUGUUUGAAAAUAUCGGUACUCCUAAGCAAAAUUCUUCUAGACGCCAUGCCAAAGCUAUGUAUGCUUGCAAAGCAGAGCACAGCCAUGAGCUUUCCUUCCCGCAGGGGGCAAUGUUCACUAAUGUGCAUGCGUCGGUGGAACCAGGAUGGCUACAAGGAACAUAUGAAGGCAAAACAGGGCUAAUCCCUGCAAAUUACAUAGUCUUUCUUUGAUAACUGCUGACAGGACUAGGAAAUCUCCAUGGUAUCCAUGGUGAACAGACUUACAAAUAGAGAAUGCUAUAUUCUAUUACAGAUCUUUGUAUGCCAAACAGUCAGAGGUAGUGGACUGUUCACACCUGCUGAAUAUAUGCCUUUUUAUGGUAUUAAGUAAAGGAAUUUGGUGGCCAUCAAUAAAUGUUUGCUUUGACGGAAACACUAAUCAUAUCAGUCAUAGUUAUUGACAGAUACUCGUCUUGCAACAUUGGAAAUUGGAAAAAAUUGACCAAAAUUAAGAAUAAGUUUAUUAAUAAGUUUAUGCACAUAUUUAUAAAUUGUAAUGUUGGUUUCUUAAGCUCCCUGUUUGGAGAGCCAACAGUAAAUAUGAGCUAUAAUGGAAAUUUAUCUUUGUUAAUUUUUUUACAAUCAGUUAAAAGAUGUCACAUUAGAUGGAGAAAAGUGAAAUUUAUACAUUUUGAAUUAUUAUUUCUCACAAAAUAUGCAUUUAUUUACAUUCUUAUUUGAACUAGCUGCAGUGUUUUUCUUUCAGCCAAAUUUCUGCUGUGUUACAGUCUAAAAUCCUCCAAUAUCUUUUAAUCGAUUAACUUAACUGAUAAGUUUGUUAGCUAACUUUCAUGUACCUGCAGCUAUCCUUAACUUCAGUUUUUGCAAUGGAGUGUAGAGUACUGAUGGUCACUUAUGUUUACAUGUCAUUUAUGGAAAAUAACUCAAGACAAUGGGUACUUUCAUGAAAUUCAAACAGUACUUUUACCCAAAGAUGUCUUCAGCUAUAUUAGAAAUAGGUAACUGCCGGUAGUGUUUUUUUUAGGCUUUAAUACAAAGUUAAUAAAACAUCACCCAGUUUAUAAUUUACUGUUAUAAAUGGAGAAUAUGCAUUGUAAAUUUAACAUAUUUUGUUGACAAACUCCGUGAGGACUGAUAAUCUAUUGAGAUUACAGCAGUGAUAAUAUAUGAGCAGUGAAUUAUCAGUGAAUUACUUCUAAACUUUUCUGAGGAUGAAAAAUAUUCAUAAGGCUGACCACUUAUUAUGAACUGAUUAUUGUGAAUAAGGAAGAUGCUUAUUACUUAACAUGCAAUUUCAGCUUCUUCUGGCAAAAUAAUAUUAUGUUUUAGACACAUGUUCACAAUUUACCUAUUACACAUCUGGUCGUUUUGUUUCUUCAACUUAAACUGUAAUUUUUUGGGGAACAGAUUAUCCCCCACAAGAUUUGAUUAGUUUUAAGUGAAAGGAGCAAGGAUGGAAUUAUGCCAGCUUUAAUGAUACAAAAAUAUCGCACUUUUUACUCUAAUUUUAUUUUUUUCCAAUACACUGGUGUAUUGGUGACCUGUUUGAAUGUUGGUUUUCUUUUUUUAGAUAUAUAUAUAUUAUAUAAAACAUUCAGUGAUAACAUUCAUACUUUAAAGUAUAUAUUGUCAAAUACUUAGUUUUAGUGUAUUUAAUAAUUAUUAAUAUCUGUCACCAAAUGUAUUUUGUGUUCAACUGAAAUGUUUUCCGGUCAUUCAGAUUUAUUUGUAUAAAAUCAUAUGAUCAUACCUGUGGCUUGUCAACAAAUAAUUUAUACUGCUGUUUGGAAAGUACUUGUAACGGAAUACAACAUAAAACAAAGUUUUAGAUAUCGUUAAAUACAAUGGUUUAAAAAUGAAAUUGAACUUGACAGCAAAUUUUGGGCCUGUUUGUAUUGUUUUGGAUGAUGUAAAUCCUUACUACAAUGGAAGCUAAUUUCUGUAUGAUCACAAAUGGUGUUUGUGUGGUUGAUUUGUGCAUUUUACAAUUUAAUUUGAGUGGAAUUUAUGGAAUAGAUUGGCAGAUUAUGCCAGUCACUUUACUGCUCUUUGUGUCCAUUUAAAAUGUAAUUUCUCUGUGGACCUCCAAUGUAAAUCUAAAUUUUAGAACAGUCUGUUUUCUA